UGAACAAAUUAAACACUAUUUCAUAAGAGUUAUACAUAAUAUUUACUAGAUUUUCGAGAAAAUUUUAUAAAUUUUCGUAACUUCAAAUUGAAGCUCAGCAACGUCGAAUAAAUAGUGGCAUUCACAUUUUAUAAAGAAAUUUAGAGUAUGAGCGCACGAAAUAGAUUGACUAUAUCAAAUUUGGUAGAUACUGCACGUUGUAACAGAAUGGCGACGCCGCUAUCAUCACACAAAACCGGAGCUAGGCUACGAGCAAACGGAGGCGAUGGCGAUGGAGGCAACGUCAUCUUAAAGGCAUCGUCUACAGCUGCUUGUCGCAUACCUGCAUCUGGGCGUCAGGAGAAGUCUAAUAUUGCAUCAACGCUACGUGCUGCUAGUAUUCGUAAUAAGGCAUCUGGUGAAAAAGUAGUCAGUCCCCGUAAAGGAAAAGCUUCAGUAAAUGGCGAUAAAAAGUUCCCCGAUAGACUAGCUACGAUCGGUGCUUCAAAACAAUCAGAUCGCAUGUGGCCAACUCGAAAGUCUGCUGUAGGCGCUGCUAUAGUAAUAAAAGAUAAAUUAGAAGAAGUCCAAAAUAAUGGUAGAAUAGACGAUGAGCCAGCCACUAUCAUCAUGCUUGACACUGGAAUUCAAACUGAUGAGGCGGAAAUAAUGAAUCGUGACCUACUCGUCGGCGAUAUUAAGCUCUUGAUGCCCUCGACACUAAUUACCAGAAAAAUUGACAAGACGCGCCGCGAAAGUCCAAAUAAAAGUAAGCGCGAAUCAAAGCGUAAAUUUGAUUCCCAUGAGCGCGAUGAGGAACAGCAUUUGGACGAACUGAAGGAGUAUAUGGAACGCACAUGUGUAACAAAACGUGCUGCCAAGAAGCCAUCCUCGAUUUUACCUCACUUUGAGUCAGCCCAAUACUGUAAUGUAUUCAAAUCUAUGGAUGAAUUUUUUACUCGUGAAAUUCCUAAAACUGAGUCCAUAUCAAAUAUACAGGAUCGAAUUAAACGGAAGGAGGAAGAACUUAUGAGCUUGUUUGAUGGUGUGGAUGUGCAGAAACCGUCUGAGUCGGAAUCUGAAGCCGAAUAAAUACAAAUAUGUAAACAAAAAUAAAUAAAUACAUAUUACAUUUAAUUUCUAUGUAGUCGAGCAAUUACAUUUGAAAUAA